UAAAGUGUAGUGCGCGAUGGGGCGGGUGCUCCGACUCGUUCGUAUUUAUCUGUUUUUCGUUAGCUGUUUCUUCAUCGCCGUUGCCAUUUUCCUGCUUCUCCAGCUUCAGUCAAAUCGCUCAGUCCACAUGUCGUCUUGCGCAACAGAUUGCCCUGCCAACGUUGCUGUGAUACGGGCCUCUGACGAGAAGCAUGAUGCUGAUCGGCGAGUGGCGGAGACUGCGUAUGAUUUAUUGGAAAAUAUGGACGUAGAAGGCAAGGAUUUGUUGUACGUCUCAACACGUAACAUCACUCGUCUUAAGUCAAUCUGCACCGCACUAACCGACUGCAGUGGUUUCAACUCAAACGGCUGGCUAAAAACUCACACACGAACAAACAUCAUACCAAGCAAUGUGAACUUGUAUAUCAAACAGCACACAACCAAACACGACAUCAAGCAUCCUGUUGUUUCUAAUAACCCCAACCAUCAUGAAUUUGGUGGACGAUUUGGAUUGUUUGCCAGCGAGUAUUUCCACAUGAUGGACAACAUGAAAAUAUACUCGUAUGAUGUAAGAAUUGGUGCUGAAAUGCCGGACGUGCACGACUACAAGUAUGGAGUUGAUCAGCUAUUCAUUUCAUUGUUGAAGAAAAGCAAGUUUAACACACAAGAUCCAGUUGAGGCAACGUUUUAUUUUAUGCCUACUCGAUGUUUUGCAUAUCGUCGUUCUCAUAAAGAUCGUGCAGUCGGAGGUCACAUUGCUGCUGCCACAGUUCGAGACAUCGUCAACUGGGUGAAGGUUUCUUUUCCAUAUUGGAAUGCGUCACGUGGUUCAGAUCACGUCUACAUAUGCAGCCAUGAUAUGGGAGGGGAGUGUAGCCAGUUGGCUGAUCACAAUCUUUAUAAGAAUGCUAUUGGGUUGUUUAACACGGCGGACUACUCGGAGCCUUGGUUUGUACCACAUAAGGACAUAAGCUUGCCUCAUCAUCCAUCACAUGGGGAGAACAGCUUGCCAGUGCUGGGACGGCUGGCAAGGGAAGGCGCGAUGGAAAGAACAAAUUUGGCAUUCUUUGCUGGAAAUUUGAAACGAGGUCGUGUUCGUAACACUAUUUACUCAUUGUACGCUCAAGACAGUUAUUUUCAUCUCGUCCAUGGCUACCUACCAGACGAAGCUUACUACAAGUUUUUGUCCACAUCAAAGUUUUGUCUGAUUGUAAGAGGCUUUCGAGCGUGGAGUCCACGUCUGUUGGAUGCCAUCUGGUUUGGCUGCGUUCCUGUUAUUGUUGCUGACUGGUAUGCAUUACCCUUACAAGGACUUAUUGAUUGGAGAGAUAUUGCUGUCUUUGUACCAGAGGCACAGGUGUCGAAACUGAAAACAACCCUAACCUCACUCUCUCCACACAAACUCCAUCAAAUGCAAGAUGAAAUCAGAAAGGUAUCCAAGCAUCUCACAUGGAAUGAUCCGCCUCAGCCAUUCGAUGCCUUCCAUUCCGUUUUGUUUCAAUUGUGGACGAGACGACACAUUACCAGAACGAUCUAGCCGUCGUCUGAGCAGCGGCAUCAUCCCUACAAGGCCUCGUCAAAAAUUCCUCCGAGGAAAGCAAUUUUGAACUCGUGGACGAGUGUGACGAGCUCUACUCAAAAUCAGACUUUGGAUUGUCAGAGUGAUG